ACGGCUCACGCUGCCGGUCACCGUUGCUGAAGCCUAAGCCAUAGAUAAGUAUAUAAAAGCCUGAGCGCUCCGAAAUUUAUGAAAGCAGAAGUUAGAAUAUUAAACUGUAUAAAAUAAAAAUGUUUUUUACCAGGUUUGGGCUAAUAGUGUUAAAUAACUUAAGGCCAUGUACCAAAAACUUUAAACUUCCUAAAAAGUGUUUUAGUUCUUUAAAAGUUUGUACUAAUGUACCCAAUGUUAGUCGAUAUUACUGUAUGAAAUCUGAGGUUUCAGAAACGUCAAAUGAUGAAAACCAUUCUGUUAAAUUGUAUGAAAAUAUUGACUAUGACAAAAUUACCGGUGGUGAUGAAGAAACAUUGUCAAAAUUAAAACGUUUAAUACUUGAAAUUGACUUACUUUAUGAGAGUGGUGAACAAAUACCGAGCCAACUCAGAACUGAUCAAUGGAUAAAUUUGUUAGAAUUACAUUCUCGAUCAGCACGUAUGAAACAUUUGAGAUAUUUGUUUUUGAUUGAAAAAAAAAAAGAAAAUAGAGUUGUUCGAAAAUUAGAAAAACGGGCUGAACGUUUGGAACGUUAUGCAAAUACUCCUCAAAAUGAUCACAUUGAAUAUGGGUUACAAAGAAAUAGUAUGUUCCAUAGAAUAUAUGAACAACAGAUAAAUUCUUAUUACAAUUAUCGUUUAUGCGAAUCAAUGUUAUAUGGCCAAAACAUUAUAAUUGAUUGUAGUUAUGAUGGACAUAUGUCGCUUAAAGAACAAUCAAAUUGUGCCAAGCAGUUAUUAUUAUUGUGGUCUUAUAAUCGCACGCAUUGUGAUCCAUUCAAUAUGACGUUUUGUAACGUUGAUAAAGAAGGUAAGGUGUUUAAAGGUUUGAGCAAAACAAUAAUUAAUGUCGAUGAACCAUCAUUUCCAUUUAACUAUACCAACAAAAGUUACUUAGAUUUGUUUCCAAGGGAAAAAUUAGUUUAUCUUACACCACAUUGUAACAAUGUGUUACAGAAGUUCAAUUAUGAUGAUGUUUACAUUAUAGGUGCUAUGGUCGAUAAGAUGAAAGUUGAACCAUUAUCAUUAGCUAAAGCAAAACGAGAUAAAUUAAGAAUGGCCAAGUUACCACUUGAUUUAUACUUGGAUUGGAAACAAGGAACAAAAAAUUUAACUAUCAACCAAAUGAUAAUGAUUAUGGCUGACUUAAAAAUAGACAACGAUUGGACGAAUGCAUUAAGACAUAUACCCAGAAGAAAACUUUUGGAAGUUGAUGCCUAUCAAAGAGGCUACCGUGGAAACAACAAAGUUACAGCCAAACGGAUUAGGGAAGAUUUUAAAAGGAAUUCUGUUUAUGAUUUAUUACUUAAAAAGUAAUUUUAUAGUAUACAUUGUUUAUCGUAAAUAUUAAUAAAUGAUUAUUUAAUUAACGAGAAAAAAAAA